AUGUCUUCGACCGAUAAGAUCAAAGUGUUAGUGUUGGGCGACUCAGGAGUGGGCAAGUCUUCACUGGUGCACCUCAUAUGUCAGGGUCAGCCCAUUGCCAACCCUUUGUGGACAAUCGGCGCCACCAUUGAUGUGAAGCUUCACGAGUAUAUGGAGGGCACACCUGAACAGAGGACCAGUUUCAUCGAGUUGUGGGACAUCGGGGGCUCCAGAAGCCACUCGAUUGCCCGCAAUGUCUUCUACAACGGAUUCCACGGCAUAAUUCUGGUGCACGACCUCACGAACAGCAAGUCUGAGGCCAAUCUCCGCAAAUGGUUGGGACAUGUCUUCUACAACAAGGACCACACCAUCAAAGACAACAACACUUCCCUCAACACCAGUCUGUCUGCCGCUCUGUUUCCGGUCAACACCGACGACGAGAUCCACUUCGAUAGGGAGGCCUUCUUUGAGCGCAAUAUUCCCGUCUUAGUCGUGGCCACAAAGCGAGAGUCAGUUCACGUCUCACACCUUCCUCUGCAUCGCUCUCAUCGCAUGUCCUCUUUGGCCGAAGAGUGCGGCGCCGAAGAGAUCGAAGUGGACUGCCAUCAGACCCGUAGCUUAGCUCCCGGGUCCACAAAUGCCGUCAAAUUGAGUCGAUUUUUCGAUAAAGUCUGCGAACGAAGGCUUCAUAAUCACAACUCUUUCACCAAUUAUUUGGACAGAAAUAAGAGACAAUCUCUUCUCAAUACUAAUAAAUAUUCACAUAUAGACUGA